AAUAAAGCAAAAAGAAAACAAAAUUAGCAAUCUUCGUUCCCUUUUCAUCUUUUCUCUAUAGAACCCCACCUUGGGCUACCGGAAAAUGGCCAAGGUGGUGGUUUACGGCGUUCUAACCGCCACCUUCAUUGUCCUCAUUCUCCUCCUUGCUCCGGAAAAGCAAAACCAGACUGAAUAUAUUGAGGGUCUUAUAAGCCGCCGCAUCGGGCGCAGGCUUGAAAUGCCUGUGUUUGACCCUCUGGUAACCCGGAUUGAGAGGCUGUCUCAUGAGAAGGAAGCUCAUACAAAUACCGUGGAGGCUGCCAAGGAGGACAAAGAUGAUAUGUUUGAGGAGUAUUUUGUACAAGAGAGAAAGCUUAACACGACAAUGAGGAUCAAGUUCUUGUUUCCUCUGCUUGACGCAUCACCAAGAGAUGGGUUUGUGAGCUUGAAAGAGCUUCAGACAUGGAUGAUGCAGCAGACAGAGGACAAUAUGGGUUACAGAACCGCCAAAGAGCUCGAUCUACAAGAUAAGGACAAAGAUGGUGUCAUAACCUUUGAAGAGUACCUGCCUCAAUUCUCUAAGCAAGACAUUGAGAAAAACGAGAAGGGUCACGGUGAAGCUGGUUGGUGGAUGGAGCAAUUCAAGAAUUCCGAUUUUGACCAUAAUGGCUCUCUCGACAUUGAAGAGUUCAACAACUUCUUGCACCCUGAAGACAGCAGAAACGGAGAUACUCAAAGAUGGGUUCUAAGGGAGCGAAUGACGGGCAUGGACACGAACGGUGAUGGGAAGCUAGAGUACAAAGAGUUUGUCGUGAACGCAUACGAAAUGUACAAAGAGUUCGCAAAGUUCGAGAAAGAGGAGGAUGAGAAUGUGCCAACGGCUCAGCUUCUGUUCGCAGAACUGGACAGGGACAAAGACAGGUUCCUCGUGGCCGAUGAGCUUCGACCCAUCUUGCAAUAUCUUCAACCUGGUGAAAUGAGCUACGCCAAAUACUACUCUACUUUCCUUUGUCACGAGGCGGACGAGGAUAAAGAUGGUAAACUAUCACUUGAAGAGAUGUUGCACCACGAAGAUGUGUUUUACAAGGCAGUUCAUCACGAAGACUUGGACGAAGAAGACUAUUUUGAUCAUGAUGAACUCUAAUUUUUGUGUAUUUUUCCUCCUUCAAAUUGUAAUCACAAUUUUUUCGUUUAAUUGACCUCUUAAUUCGUCUCGUCUAGAUUGGUAAUGUUAGCUAGGCUACGAGAUUACGUGCAUAAAGUCCGCCGUGGUUACGUAGAUAAAUGACUUUUGAAGUGUGCACAUUUUGCUACAUGCCGUUCUUUAUGUUUCUUUUGUAUCCUUUUGCCGCGGAGUUUUGUUUACAAUCUCCAUUGUUGA